AUGGAGUACCACCGCCACAUGGAGCAGCAGCAGCCGGGGCAGCAGUGGGGCUACUGGGGCCCGCAGCCGCCCGCCCCCGCGCCCGCCCCGGCGCCCGCGCCCGUCCUCACGCCCGCCCGCCCUAAGAGGACGCACUCCGAGAGCGAAGACGAUGCUUUCUCGGAGGAAAGCAGCAAGGAUGCGACGUCUCCCGGUGGCUCCUGUCAGCUGUUAACCCGCAAGCGGCGACGCGGGGUCAUCGAGAAGAAGAGGCGCGAUCGCAUCAACAGCUCGUUGACCGAGCUCAAGCGGCUCGUCCCAGCUGCGGCGGAGAAGCAGGGCUCGGCCAAGCUGGAGAAGGCUGAGAUACUGCAGCUUACUGUCGACCAUCUCAAGACGCUGCACGCUAGAGGCGUGGACACGUACGCGUACGACCCGCAGCGGUACGCGAUGGACUACCACGCGAUCGGGUUCCGCGAGUGCGCGGCGGAGGUGGCCCGCUACCUCGUCAGCUGCGAGGGGCUGGACAUCCAGGACCCGCUGCGCCUGCGGCUAAUGUCGCACUUGCAGUGCUUCGCCGCCCAGCGCGAGCUGCACGCCAAGCCGGGCUGGCUGCCAGAGCCACCCGCGCCGCCCGUCGCGCCCGCGCCCGCGCCCGCCGCGCCCUACCCGCAGUACCCCGCGCCCGCGCCUCCCGCGCCCCCCGCCCCUGCGCCCCACUACCCCGCGCCCUACCCCCACCCCCCGCACCACCAGUACUCCCAGAACACCUCCAAACCCUACAGGCCCUGGGGCGCCGAGCUCGCUUACUAG